AUGGUUAUUUUGGCAGUGUAUGUAGAUGACAUAAUUCUAACAGGUAAUGAUGUAUCAGAAAUUUAUGCUUUAAAGUCCUAUCUCGAUGAACAAUUUAAGAUAAAGGAUUUGGGCAUCUUGUACUAUGUUUUAGGCAUUGAGGUAUCUCCUACUCCUGCUGGUUUGUUGUUAAAUCAAAGAAAGUUUAUUUUGGAUCUCUUGGCUGAAUAUAAGUGUUAUGAGGUAUCUCCAGUUGUCUCUCCUCUUGACCUUACUUUGAAAUUACAAGCUGCUGAUGGUGACUUGCUUCCAAAUCCAGAACUGUAUUGGAGCCUUAUUGGCAAGUUCAAUUUCUUAACUCAUAGUAGGCUUGACCUGAGCUUUGCUGUCCAGCAUCUCAGGACAUCUGAUUAUGGUAUUCUUUUUAAUAAAUCUUCUGAUUUUGCUUUACAUGGCUAUUUGGACAGUGAUUGGGCUACUUGCCCAUAUUCUCGCAAAUCAGUGACUGGUUUCUUUGUGUUCUUUGGUGGGAGUCUUGUCUCGUGGAAGUCUAAGAAACAAUCUGUUGUUUCUCUUAGUAGUGCUGAAGCGGAAUAUCGUGCGUUGAGUAAACUAGUUGCAGAAUUAACAUGGCUCACUCGCCUGUUGGAAAAUUUGGGUGUUGUUGGUGUGACUCCUGUUUCUGUAUUCUGUGACAACCAAUCAGCUCAGCAUAUUGCUUGUAAUCCUGUGUUUCACGAGCGCACAAAGCAUAUCUGGGUUGAUUGUCACUUUGUUAGGGGCAAAUUAUCAGAAGGUCUCAUUGCCUUAUCCCUUUUUGUCCUUUUGUCACAAUUUCUUUGUCCUUUUCCCAAACAAACCUCAAACCCUGGCAACCUGACACGAGCAACUGCAUCCCUUCAUCCCGUGAGUGAUUUGCCCGUGCCUCUUGUAUCUCGUGCAUCUUCUACUGCAGUAUUCCAGCUGUCGUCUUCUUAG